CAAUGGUCGAGUGAAAGUUCAUGUGACGUAUGCAAGGGGGAAUCCACGCCAAGAAUGCGGGUGUGGCUCAUGCUGUGGCGCUAUGAAUGAACACGGUGGUCGCAACCCUACGUUUAUUGUCCAGCACCUUUUGAGACAGCGCCCCUUCUUGCCCUGCCAUGCACCGAUUCUGAGACAGCUUUCCUCUCUACGACACAUGCGCCUGGCCUGCGACCACAUACCUUUUCUUUUACCGUCGUUCUCUUUACCCUCCCCCGUGAGACGCAUCCAAAAUGUCGUCCGGGACAGACUACAACUACGAUGAGCAGGGCCAAUUCUUCCCCUACUUCAUCCUCACAGUCACGACACUGGUCACUGUUCCUGUUACAAUCUCUUUCUUCAGACCGAGCAAAGAACUCGAGAACACUGGAACAACAAUAGAAUCCAACUUCACACCCGAACAUGCCGACCUCAUCCAGGGACAGCGCAAGAAGCAGAAGCGGGCGGAGAGGAGGACGAAGCGGGGAGUCCUCAUGCUUGGCGGAUGGUCGCUGAAUGCGCUCAUGAUGUACCUUAUCUAUGUCACAGCGCGGACAGUCACCAAGAUCUGGGAUCCCUAUGAGGUUCUUGGUAUUUCCAGGAAUGCAGACGAGAAGACGAUCAAGAAGCAUUACCGAAAGCUAUCGAUCACGCUGCACCCUGACAAAGCCCGCGAGGACCCGUCAAAGAACAUCACGAUACAGUCGAUCAAUGACCACUGGGUCGAUGUCACCAAAGCGUACAAGGCUCUCACAGACGAAGAAAUCCGCAACAACUACAUCCAGUAUGGCCAUCCCGAUGGCAAGCAGAGCUUCAGCAUUGGUAUCGCUCUUCCCCAGUGGCUGGUAACAGAAGGUUCAGGGAAAUACGUCUUGCUCGUCUACGCAGUACUGCUCGGUGUCAUCCUCCCAUAUAUGGUCGGAAAGUGGUGGUACGGAACACAGAAGCUGACCAAGGAGAAGGUACUCGUUGCGAGUGCCGGCAAGAUCUUCCGUGAAUACGAUAACGAACAGGGCGAGACUGGUGUUAUUGGAGCUUUGAGCACAGGAAAAGAGUUCGACGAGGUCUUCACUGGUCACAAGGCAGAAAACGGUCUUUCCAAGCUGGAGCAGAAGGUUCUUGGGGGUUCGGACUCGGUCGUUGCAGAGGUACUCACCAAGAAGGACCGACAGAAGUUGGACGACCUGGAGGACAGCCGGAGACGCAAGGUUCUGACACUCCUUUGGGCAUACCUCGGCCGCGUCGAGCUUGAGGAUGAGACCUUGAACGACGAGAAGUUCGAGGUCGCUCCCAUCGCUAUCCGUCUGAAUGAAGCCUACACAUCGAUCGCGCUCGCCUACGGCAGCACUAAGGCUGUCCUUUCCGCAUACCACACAUCGCAGAACCUGAUCCAGGCUCUGAGGCCCGGCGCUUCUCCCCUGGAACAGCUACCGCACUUCACACCCGCCAUCGCAAGCGCAGCCGAGGCCGAGAACGCGAAGACACACCUUUCUAUCCAGGAGUUCAUGAAGGUACCCGAGGGACAGCGCAGAGCGCGCAUCGGUGGCCUUUUGUCACAGGAGCAGUACAGUACAGCCAUGUCAGUUGCGUCGCGGAUACCCGUCUUCACUGUCGAGAAGGCUUUCUUCAAGGUUGUUGGAGAGCGCUUCGUCACACCAAGCAGCUUAGUUCAGUUCGUUCUCAAGGGUCGCUUUAUCCCAUCUAGCGCCUCCGAUGUUCCUGAGGUCAAUCCCAAGGACCUGCUCGACAUCGACCCCGAGGAGGGCGACGUCGCCGCAAUCACAGGCCGCAAGAACGACCGCUCUGGCGAGAAGCCAAUCCAGCCUCCUCUCGCACACGCACCAUACUACGCCCGCGACCACGCACCGAGAUACCACAUCUUCCUUGCCGACAGCAAGCAAGGCCGCAUCGCAGUUCCACCUUUUACAUUCUCUACAUUUGACAAGCCCAUUCUAGACGAAAGCGGUAACCCGACCUACAACGUACAAACCUUGAAGAUGCAGUUCGGUGCGCCGCCUCAGGCUGGCAGCUACACCUUCGUCAUGCACAUGAUCUGCGACAGCUACCUUGGUAUGGAUACAAAGAUGGAGGUCACGCUUGUUGUUGAGGACGCGAGCAAGGCCGAGGAGGUUGAGGAGGAGGGUGAGAUCAGCGAGCCUGAUGAGGACACUAUCGCUGGGCAGAUGCGCGCCCUCAAGGGCGGAGAGGCACCCAAGAAGAAGAGAACCGAUGACGAGUCCAGUGGCUCUGAUACAGAAGGCGACGUUGAGAGCGAGAGCGAGACGGAUACUGACACGGAUUCGGACGAGGAGUAGAGUCCGAGAAGGAGUCGUCAAGGCUGGUUGCUAAGGAAUGGCGCGAGGGACAGACGUUCCAGAAGACGUCGGUUCAGAAGGGGAUG